AUGGAUGUUACACAGUGGUACGCAACUGCCCUCGGUGGGCUCGUUGCUCUUUAUGUCAUCAGCUUUUCACUCCUGACAAUCUUCAAGAAAAUUGGCCCCGGAGCGAAAUUUCAGAUCAAGAAAAUCGGUACCCAUGUGAAACGUCAAUUUCUCAAGCACGUGUACUAUCCUCAAAUUCCCAAGGUUUUGAGGGGCUCGGAGAAAACGACUCGGUUUGACCUCCUACUAACGAUCAUCUUUUUGAUCGGGAUAGUUUGCUCUACGACGAUUCGGGUCGAAGAUACCGCCGGGCUGAGAAGACGCUCCGGAGUGAUUUCUAUAAUUAACCUCAUCCCCCUAUCCGGAGGGGCUCAUAUGAACUUCCUGACUAACGCCUGUGGGAUUAGACUCGAUGUUUAUGGCCGCAUUCACCGAUGGCUGGGAAGGGUAGCCGUAGUUGAAGGUCUUGUUCAUGUCAUCGCGGCGGUAUCUUUGCAGAUGCCCGAUUUACAUGUGCUCCCGGACAUCGCAGGGCUGACAGCUACAGCCACUAUGGUGACACUGGUCCUUUGUUCCCUGUCAAGCGUCCGCGACCGUUUCUACGAAAUCUUCCUCAAACUCCAUCUGAUACUUGCUACUGCAUUGAUCGCCACAUUAUUCAUCCACAGCAAAUCCAAAAGACUAACAGCAACGCCGACCCUGUAUUUGCUCUCCGCGAUCUGUCUUCAAAUUUUGAUUCGUGGACUGCGAUUUGGAGAAGUCCUGUAUCGAAACGUCAAGUACAGAACGCCGGUCGGGCGAGCCGUGAUACGAUCGGUCAUUUUCAAGAGGGACUCUUCCAGGGACAUACCAGUUUCCGACGUUGUCCACGUGCACGUCAGACCAUCAAGACCGUGGCGGUACCGCGCCGGUCAGUACGUGUAUCUCUGUAUUCCCGGGUUGACUUACACCUCUUUUGCACAGUCGCACCCAUUUUACGUUGCCUGGUGGUACCAACACCAAGGGAAUGAUUACGUCGUUCUCAUCGUCCAGAGAAGGAGAGGUCUUACAAACGACCUACGCAUGCACGCCAGCGCCAGUGACGACCCUAGCCAGCACUCUGAGAGGAGAGCAUUAAUCGAGGGACCAUACGGAAGAGAACUGAACCUCGAAUCAUAUGAAACGGUCAUGUUGUUCGCCACAGACAUCGGCAUCGCCGGCCAGAUCGCUCAUGUCACACAGCUUCUGGAAGGGUAUCGAAGCGGUGGGAUCAAGACCCAAAGGAUACGUCUUUUCUGGGAAAUCGAUUCCGAGCUACAUGCCGCCUGGGUGGCUGAUAUGAUGAAGGACUUAUUGAAUGAGGAUAGGGAUCGAAUUCUCGAUAUUAAGCUGUUCGUCGUGGGAUUCUUCCUCUCCGUCCACACUAACCGAGGCGACACGGCCCAGCUUGGAAAGCGCAUCAAUAUCGCGUAUCAGGCCAUGGACGCCGAAAAUCUGAUCAACUCAGAGGUCGAAAAUCGGCAUCCUGGUCGUAUAGUGGUUUCCUUGUGCACCAAUGACGAGAUGAGUGACAAGGUUCGAGGGGUUGUGCGGGGUAAAUUGGAUACGAACAUUCAUCUGGAAGAGCUUGAAUUUCGUCCUGCGUCGUCUAGAGGUAGAAGGAAGGGGUGGAGGGAGAUGUUCGCGGUCGGCAGCAAGGCACGCGCCGCCCAGGUGUGA